UACUGGGUCCCAACUGCUGUAGAAGAAAAGGAGUUGCCAGACAUCCCCCCUGAGGAGGAAAAAUACUUUGAGACACCGAACAGCGAUUGGAAAGCCGGGAUCCAAGUCCGAAACUUAAUUAAGAUGUUUGGUAAAAAUGUCGCCGUUGCUGGGACAAAUAUGGACGUGUACGAGGGGCAGAUAACCGUGUUGCUAGGUCACAACGGGGCAGGGAAGACAACUACAAUCAACAUGAUCACAGGUUUUCUUCCUGCUACAAGUGGAACCAUAACCGUACAUGGUCUGGACAUGCGUAAGAAUACUGACGCUGCCAGAAAAUCUAUUGGCCUCUGUCCUCAACACGACAUCCUGUUCGCUAAACUCACAUGCAAGGAACACCUCAUCUUUUCCCUCAAGAUUCACGGGUUGUACAACAAUGAGUCCAAGGCCGCCAUCGUUGACCGUCUUAACGCUCUUGGUCUGGGUGGGAAAAUGAACAGCUUGGCUUCAAAACUGUCAGGCGGACAAAAGCGGAAAUUGUCUUUAGCAUGUGCUUUCAGUGGUGAUACAAAGGUCAUCUUCCUGGACGAGCCAUCGUCCGGCCUUGACCCCGCCGCCAGACGGGAAAUGUGGGCCUUCCUAAAGACAAUGAGAGAAGGUCGAACCAUCCUUUUAACGACCCAUUACAUGGACGAGGCAGAUGUACUGGGCGACAGAAUCGCCAUCAUGGCGGAGGGGAGAGUUAAAUGCUGCGGCACACCCAUGUUUUUAAAGAGAGUUUAUGGGGCAGGAUAUACACUGAAGAUCGUUAAGCAGCCAUCUUGUUUGACGGAUGUUGUGACUGAGCAGAUUCUUCAGAUUAUUCCUAAAGCUAAGUACAUAAGCGAAACCAACUCUGAGAUAGACUACCUGUUGCCUGAAAAUGUGACAGAAAUGUUUCCAGAGUUGUUGAAGGUUCUAGAAAACGACGCCGAACAGCUAAAAAUAACUGGUUUCGGUCUGACAGCAACCACAAUGGAGGAUGUCUUUGUAAAAGUCGGAGAAGGAGGAGUAGCUGAAGAUGUAGCUGAAGCGAACAAAAAAGAUGACCAGUCGUCCGUAGUUAUUGAAAUGACAGAAUCUGGACCGAAGGAAAGACCUAAAUCUAGUGCUGUUGAUUUAACUAAAGGAUCAAGCACCACACCUACAGAACAAAUCUUCAAGAUCUUUAACGAAAGCAAGUGUACCACGAAACCAGCCGUCUUCUACCAGCAGCUGAGGGGGAUCUUCAUCAAGAAGUUCAUUUUGUUUAAACGAAGCCUCGUGUCUUCACUCAUUUUAAUUAUACUCCCUUUGCUUUUCGUUGCCUUUGGUCUCUACGCGGACCGUCAGGAAGCCUUGCUGCAAAUUGAGCCGAUGACUUACAGUGCUGACCGGUUGACCAACCUGAUCACACCGAUUUCUACAACUAAAGAGACCUCUCCAAGACUUGUGGAUGCUUACAAAAAGCAACUGCCAUCUUCCGAGUUUACUGAAUUAGACAGGAAUGACCCUGACGGUUACUUUCUCAAUUGGGGCAAUGCUAACGGUCAAGAAAAAUACGAUCAAAUGGGUUUUGGUGUGCUCUUCAACGAGACGGGGAGAACGGUGCUAUAUUACAACGGCAGGCUAACACACGGCCAGGGACUAGCGCUUCAACUGAUGCUCAACGCUGAGGUCAAGGCAGCACUGGGGGACGACUUUUCUAUUGAGCUUGGCCUCCAGUAUUUUACUACGGGAAGUAUCACUGGGUUCGCAAUGAGCACGCUGACCGCAGUCAUCUUUGCCAUGGUGCUUCUGCCAGUCAUGUUUAUCUACGCCCUGAUAGUUGAACGUGCGACUGGUGCCAAACACCUCCAAACACUGAGCGGUGUCCACCCUGUAGCGUAUUGGCUGGGGACGUUUGUCUUCGACUUUCUGCUAUUUAUAGCCAUCAUCACCUUGUACAUGUGCUUGCUGGCUUUCAACCACAAAGUCUUCCUCGACCGCGACCGCUGGCUAGUUUUAGUCAUCGGCUUUUCCGCAUUUGGCAUCGCAUCUUUUCCGUAUCUCUACCUGAUACAGAACGUCUUCUCCUCGCCGACAAUAGCAAUCGUCAUCAUUCUCAUCGUCAAUCUCGUCAUAGGUGUGAUAUUCAGUUUUUUAAUCACCGUCAUCAAGGGUAUAGGAGUAUCAUUAGAAGGCUUCUACUUCUUCCUGGAUUUGUUCUUCGGAUAUAUUUCGCCUAACUACGCCAUUUCGUCCAUUUUACUUUUAAUGGUUUUCAGUGCAGGGGCGAAUGGGUUUAUCGAUGUCAUGGAAGGAUUUUCUCACGAAUUGCCUAAAUGCUACUCAAAGUUGCUCGGCCAAGGUGUACUUUCCUGGAUUUUUAUAAUGUUGAUCGAAUUCAAGGUUAUCAGACUUAUUUGGUACCGCGUGUCAUGUAUUCAGAGACUUUUCUGUGGAAAGAAAUUUGCAGAUGUGCAGGUAGCCCAAGAGGAUGAUGACAUCAUCAACGAGCAGAAGAGAGUGCACGAAUCACCGAAGGAAGAUCUUUUUAAAAGCGACGCCCUUCUUCUGAUCGACCUGAAGAAAGUCUACUGUAGUCUUUUCUGCUCCAUACAUACGGCGGUCCACCCAGUUAGCUUUGGGGUGCCAGACAAGGAGUGCCUAGGGUUGCUGGGACAGAAUGGAGCUGGGAAGACAACCAUCUUUAAAAUGUUGACAGGGGACAUUACUUUAUCGGCAGGAGAGGCUUACGUAGGCGGCUAUAAUAUCAAAUCCAAAAUAAAAAAGGUCCAGUCUAUGAUGAGUUACUGCCCCCAGUUUGACGCCCUCCAUGACUCACUGACAGGACGAGAGACCCUGUACCUGUACGCAAGGCUGAGGGGAGUUAAAGAGCAAUAUCUAAAUACCAUCACGGAAAUGGUCAUCGAUUUUAUCACUCUUCGACCACACGAGGAUAAAGUGACAUCCGCUUACAGCGGUGGCAACAAAAGAAAGUUGUCAAUGGGGAUAGCCAUCAUCGGUGACCCCCACUUUAUAAUGCUAGACGAACCGACAGCUGGCAUGGACCCCAUCUCUAGGAGAAGUCUUUGGAAAUGUCUGCAUAUGAUCAGGUCAAUGGAGAGAACCUUGGUGCUGACCUCACACAGCAUGGAGGAGUGUGAAGCGCUGUGCACGAAAAUUGCGAUCCUCAAAAGAGGGCGGUUGAUGUGUCUGGGCAGCACGCAGCACUUGAAGAACAAAUUUGCCCAGGGCUAUACCGUCAUCCUCCACGCUAAACAUCAAGAGGACGGAGCCAUCCUUCCACUGAAGCCUGCGGUAGAUUUCCUGAUCUCAUCCAUCCCUGGAACUACGGUUUUCAACGCCCAACCCUCGUACUACCACCUACAAGUUCCAGAGACUGCCCGUUUGUCUGAAAUCUUCAGGCUUUCAUUAGAGGCCAGGUCGACGUUUGACCUCCAACAUUUCACGGUCCAACAGACGUCCUUAGAGCAGGUUUUCUUACUGCACAUGAAGGACUAAA